CCUUGUCGUCUGGGCAUUUCCAUUACGUAAUGUAUAGUACGAGUGAAACUACAAUCAUUCCGUAAUGUAUAGUACGGGUGAAACUACAAUCAUGGCUACUUUCACAGGAAAGUGCCAAGUUUUGUCUCAAACCGGAAGUAAACACCAAACAACGGAUAAGGUAAAAGGCGUUCAUGAUGAUGAUGAUGACAAUGUUCGCUUUUCAAAUGAACAAAAGAAAACAAAUCAACAUACCAUCAAACACAAUUCCAUGCAUGCACGAACUGGUAGCGAUUCAUAUCUUCAGGUGUCAGGGCUGUACACCGAAAGCAAAGGUAUUAAAAAGGAUUUACACCCAAAUGAACACAAAAGUUCAAAGUCUACUAACACUGCAACCGGACAUCAGAAGCUCCAGAACAGUCGCAGCGAAGGAUAUGUGUGUGUAUCAUAUUCUGAAUCAGGCACGACAGACAGAGAGGAAGGUGCUACUAAAAGUAGAGAGCCUAUCGGCGACUCAUGUGUCAAUUGUUCUGUCCUGCAAUUAACGGAACAGAGCUCAAAAAACAAUAAACGCGGUGAAAAAUGUUUAUGUAACGAGUUGACUUUAAUUACCGCAUCUAUUGAUAUCAAAAGAAAAGACGGCUUACCAGCAAUUCCAAAUCAACAAACAAAUAGUGGAAAACUAGCUUCGGCAAAAGAAAAACCCAAUUUGUUAAUACAAGAACAAAACUGUUCCAUCUCCUUUAGUCCAAAAAAGAAUGGUCCUCAAACCGGCGCAACUUUGUCUGACAAGAAUCCAAUCAAUAAAAACAAUGAAGAACAAAACACAUUGCAAGCUGUUAUUCAAGACAAUUAUACCAGCCUAGUGCACAACCCAGUGCUUGAUGCAAGAGAAUUGUCCGACCAUCUGUAUGAAGGCCGCAUAAUUUCCCUUGAAGAGUACAACCGCAUUUUCAACAAAAUACACGAAAGUAAAAGCAAAACGGACGAAAACAGAUUUUUCCUAAUGUUUCUUUCGACACUACGAAUAGAUAAGGAUAAAAUGAUUGAAGUUCUUUAUAAAUCAGCUCACUACCAGUUUAUAACUGUCUUUUUUUCGGACAAAGAAAAUGGUGUUUAAUGGUGUUUAAAUACACAAAUGCUAGCAGUUGGGCCAGUAUGAAACAACGACUCUUAUCUUUAUGAAUUAAUCAACUAUUUAUCACAUGUUAUUCUCUGUUUCCGGUUAAUAUAACCAUCACUUGUUUGUUUUACUCAUAUGUUUUAUAACAAUAUCAUUCCGCAUGUGUGUAAACAUUUAAAUGGAAACAAUGAUUGCUUAUUUGAAAAUAUUCCAACAAAUUGUACAUUAAUUUCUAGUUUCUAUUCGAUGAUAAAAAUAUAUAUAAAAAUACA